UUCCUCUUUGGGGAGGCUGCGCCUCAUCCUUGGACAAAGAUAAUUGAGAGAGGAAAAGUUUGGCUGGUGGUGGAAGGAAGUAGGAGGAGGUUCCUUUGAAAAAUGGGUCUGCUCUCAGAAGAUGCGAUGCAGUAGAUGUGGUGCUCAGUCAUGGCAUCAGAACUGUGUAAAACAAUCUCUGAGGCAAAGCUGGAAAGGCACAAGAACUUGUUCUUAAAUUACCGAAAUCUCCAUCACUUCCCUCUGGAGUUACUGAAAGAUGAGGGGCUGCAGUACUUGGAGAGACUUUACAUGAAAAGAAAUUCCCUGACCACAUUGCCAGAAAACCUUGCACAGAAGCUUCCAAACCUCGUGGAAUUGUACCUUCAUUCAAAUAACAUAGUUGUUGUACCUGAAGCCAUUGGCUCCCUGGUUAAGCUGCAGUCUCUGGACCUGAGUGACAAUGCCCUGGAGAUUGUGUGUCCCGAGAUCGGCCGCCUGAGGUCCCUGCGGCACCUGCGCCUGGCAAACAACCAGCUGAAAUAUUUACCUGCAGAGGUCGGAGACCUGCGGGAGCUGCAGACCCUGGACAUCUCCACCAACCGCCUGAUGACGUUACCCGAGAGGCUGCACAUGUGCCUUUCCCUGCAGUACCUGACUGCAGACAGGAACCACCUGUGGUCUGUGCCCCGCCACCUGUGCCAGCUGCCCAGCCUCAAUGAGCUCUCCAUGGCUGGCAACCGCCUGGCAUUCCUGCCCCUGGAUUUAGGUCGUUCUCGAGAGCUCCAGUAUGUCUAUGUGGAUAACAACAGCCACCUGAAAGGCCUCCCAUCUUAUCUCUAUAAUAAAGUCAUUGGUUGCAGUGGUUGUGGUUCUCCAAUUCAAGUUUCAGAGGUGAAACUGCUCUCUUUUUCAUCAGGCCAGUUAACUGUGUUCCUGCCAGCAGAGGUGAAAUCUAUAGGGACAGAAACAGAUCAUGUGCUGCCUUUGCAAGAACUGGCCAUGAGGACCCUCUAUAACACGUACUACAGGUUUUUGAAAGAUUUAAACUUUCUGACUCCAAUCUCACUACCCAAAAGCCUCUUGGAAUUGCUGUACUGUCCCUUGGGACACUGCCACCGCUGCAGCCAGCCUAUGUUUACCAUUGUCUACCCAAAGCUCUUUCCCUUGAGGGAAACUCCAAUGGCAGGAUUGCAUCAAGGGAGGACAACUGUUAGUUUUGUGGCAUACUGCUGCUCCACCCAGUGUCUGCAGACUUUUGACCUACUGAGUUGAUAAACAUUUCAACCUCCUCAGGAGUGCUGCCAGUGUAAAGCUGCAUUUGAUGCUGUGUCCCCUUGGUACUGGAAUACCGUGUGUGUGUGUGCCAAAGCAGCAGAAGUGCCCAGUCAGGAACACUCUGAGACACUUAAAUCCUGCCCUAUCAAAUCUGGAUGAACUGCUGGAACUUUUCAGAAGUGUAAAUACCGAGCUUUUAAAAGUAUUAACUUCUCUCUCCUCCGAGGCAGCACACAAACCAAACACAUUCACGAGCUCUGACUUCAGGAUUUCCAGUAUUUUUCAAAUGUGCCUGAUUUCAGGUUGACCCAUUGCAUCAUUUGAGGCAGUUGCAUUCCUGUAACAGGAAAAAAAAGUUUAGUUAUGGCAAACAGAUUUUCACUUAUUCAUCCCUGUUCUCUUCCCCUCUACAGCUGCCAUCAGGUAUUGCUGUAAGCCUGCAGAAACUUUUGAUGGAUCCCAGUGACUUUUCUAUAGAAUUCAGCCUUAUUUUCUCCCUCCCAUCUUAAUGUUUACCCCAGCAGUUAUACCAGUUGUAUACCAAGUCUUUGACAGUUCUCUGUGGUAUUUAAAUCCACAUGCUAAAAGCAGAUCUUUCUUUCUAGCAUCAUUAAAUACCACAGUGAUUUAAUUGGAGUAACUAGGAUAUGUCUGGAGACUGAAGAUCCUGUUUCAGUGAAGGCUGGUACUGAUGCCUACACUAAGGGCUCUUGCUCCAGCAUGUUUGAGGGUGUGUAUUCUUUAUUUUCGUUGCUUUAUUUUUAGAAAUAGUUCUCCUUUUGUUCCAUUGAGUUCUUCAGGAAGAAGACAACUUUUAAGUAUCAAUUUCCCUUUGAAAAACCCAACUAGUAAUAUGAUAGUAAAUCUUUAUUAUAUUUUUACAGUUGCAGGCUAUAGAUCUGCAAAGAGCUGGUCUUGAUCUUUUUCUAGAUUCAGCGUUUGGCUGAUUUGUCCAAGUGUAUCAGUGGAUUGUGUGCCUUGGAGAAGGUUGGAAAUCCAGGAGCAGGUGUGUAUCUCCAUGCACAGGUAUAUUUGCACAUGGAUACCUGCACAGAAGGGCUGGGACUUUUGUUUCCAUAUAUUAAUGGCAGAUUUGGUUCAAAUUGCCACUCACUAGCAUAUUUGUGGCAAUCUUUUUUUGUUACAUCUAGUUAAUUUUAAAUAAACAGCAAAGGAUGGAAAAAAGGCCCCAAAUGCCUACAUGCCUAAACAUUUUGAUUUUAUCUUGAAACAAUUUAUAGAUUACUUGCCCCUCUUGAUUUGUUUUUGAAUAUAUAGUAUUUUUUUUAAAUAUAAUUUGUUCUUUUUUUUUGCUUUCUAUUUCUUCAGUAUAAACCACUUGUUGAUUUAGCACAGUGUGCUGCUCUGUGCAGUAGGUAGUUACAAGCUGAAAUAGAUAUGAAUGAAACAGUUUGUUGUAAAAAUGGCAAGAUAAAGAGACUUAUUUGGUAGUGUAUUAGCAUAUGUUGUGGUGAGGUGUGCGUACUUUGAAGGCAGGAGGCAUUAAAAUGUUUUCCUGUUGCCAAAGAAGCAUUUGUUCCUUCUGCAGGCUUCCUGGCAUCUCUUCAAUAAAUAGAGUAUCUUAAGAGCUUAAAAGAGUACCAAAAAGGCAGUUUUGAGGGUGGAAAUUUUAGGUUGUGCAUGUUACUUGUAAAAAUCUUUCCUGGUUUUAUUGGGUUGGUUUUAGAGAGUUGAAUUAGCAUUAAGAAAUGUAGAACUUAAUCCUUCAGGAAUGCAAGUAUCAUCUACUGCUUAAGAAUUGUGAAACUUUCUAAAAUAAAUCCCAUUUAUUAUAUCUGCUUUGCAGUAGGGGAAAGAGCCAUGUCCAGGCAGCCUUGGUGCUUUAGGAUUUCUGUCUGUGUUGUUUCCCAGGUUUGUUGCCAUGUUGGAAUCCCAGCAGGCCCAGCCACCCCACAGGGUUCACUGCUGAGGCAGCACAAUCCACCUUCAGCUUUAUCCUUUUCCUUCAGUACCUCAGAGCUGAGAUGCAAAUUGCCCAUGUACAAUUAUAUCUGUAUCAGAAAUGUGCAAGUGUAGGACAGAAUCCACUUUUUUAAAACAGAUGACAAAAGCUAUGGUAAUGUUACAGAUGUUAAUUUUUAUACAAUACUCUGAUCAGGAAUUUUCAGUAUUAAUUUUUACUGUGACUUCCUCUGUCUUUGAAAGAGAUGUUUACUUGGAAGUUUUUGUCCUCUUUUUAUAGCAAGUUGUAGACUCGAAAUCACAGUUUAUAUCUGAAUUCAGUCUGUAAAUACUAUUUUGGAGUUAAAUCUGGUUGUGAUCACCUGAAAGAUAUUAUCAUUUGUUUUAUUAGGAGUCAAGAAGAGUGAAGCUUGAUUUUAUUAUUAUAAUUAUUUAUUUAUUAUUUUCUUUCUUCUCCCCAUAAUCUAAUUAUUUCUUAUUGAGUCUGUAUCAGUCUCUUUAUUAUUGUCUCCAAGUGCAGUUCAGAAGAAAUUUAACCUGUUCUAUAAGCAGAAUGAAUCUUAACUAAUGCUUUAAUAGAUGAUAUUUCUAGAAUGGAAUGUUCAAUAAAUAAAUGACUUAAACAUGCAAUUGAAGCUGAAAUGUCAUACCCUAUUUUUGUAAAACAAAGGGGAAAGCCAAUAUAUAGAUGAGAAUGCAGCUUAAAUUCAUGUUUGGAGUUUUGGGGUUUUUUUUUAAAAUUUGAACAGUGUUUGUAUUCAUCUGUAUCUUUGAGUGAUAUUCUUCUAGAUUAAAAUAACUCCAUUCUCACUUGUCCAAAUUUUUCUAAAGUUGUUCUGCUGUAAGAGUAUUUCAUAACCAGCAAGCAUGAGAGCCAGCUAUGCAAAUUGCAGAGGGGAGAGGGAGCUUGCUGCUGAUUGAACUGUGCAUCACUGGUUUUUCAAGGUGCCACAAGGCUUUGACUUUUCUUUGGUUGGUUUGUUUCUGGGUAAUUUUUCAUUUCUUGUUCUGGUUUGUCAGGUUAGUUCCCACUGAGGUAAUUUUUUCUGUGUACUACAAAAACUCAGGUUCCAGAUGUUGAAAAAAAUGACCAUUUAAGAAGUUUUUUUUUUGUUGUAACAGUAGGUCUUAAUUCUUAGCUUAGGGCAGGAGCAAGAAAAGUUUUUGGGUUUUUUUCUCAAGGUAUUACAAAGAGAAAGGUGCAGGAGAGGAAUGAGAUAAAAUAAGUCUUUAACCCAUUGAUACUGCUGUAAAAUCUUUUCUAAGUAAAGAUUAACUGCCAUUUUAAUUAGGGAUCACAGGCAUAAUUUUUGUUUUUAGUUGUGAUAAGAGGCACCAUAUUGAUAAAAGUCAGACCCUAUACAGAGGUAGCUUUUUGUUCUGCCACGGGGGAGAUGGAGGAAUCUCUGGUUUUGUUUAAAAAUCCUUUUGAGUGGUUUUGCAAUGGACACUGUUACAUUUGGAGCACUGUUCUUGGGAACCUUCCUCAUCAUCCCUCAGAGGAUCAGAAAUGCCCUUUCCUGUGCAAAGAGCAAGUCUAAUAUAAAGAAAUGUGUAUUUUUCUGUUUUGAUGCUUCUCCUGGGCUCUUAGCACGGCUCAUUACAAACCUCCUAUUUACUUGCUUGUGGUGAGGUUGAGAUGUUGCUCUGAGCAGAGCAGUGCUGUUUAUUGCCAAGUUGGCUUCAAUUGCUGCAGAUUGAAUUCUGCUGAAUCCCUUUUUCUGGCAUUGAAGGGAGCACAGGACUGUUCUAACACCCGUGUGGGAGCAGCGUGUCAGGUUCUACUGACAUCACAGCCCAGCUGAAGACUGGAGAGUGACAAACCUGUCACCAGAGAGGACAACUGGCUUUUGAAGGCCACUUUGGCCCCACCAAAGUACCACUGAUAACAGAAGAACUUUUGCCCUGAUGUCAGUGGACUGUGGGUCAACUUUUAACUGAUGAGAGGGAAGAAUGUGUGUUACCAUCUUUGUAUUUCUUGCAAAAACUGGGACAGCACCAGAAUCCAUGGCUGCUGCUCUGUCUGCAGCUGCACUUCCAUAAUUCCAAGAUGUACCUAUCUUUGCCUCUUACCUUCCUCUUAAUACUACUCAUGCUGUUGCAAAAUGUUAUAGUUAACUUGUGAUGGAAGAGGCUGAAUAAAUUGAAUCCAGAGUUUUUAUUACUUUUUUGUAUUACAGACCUAUUUUGUAAGAGACCGAAGGUCUGGUGGAAAGAAAUGGCAAUGUUCAUGUGAAGUCUUCAUUGCUUCUGCUUUUAUGUGCCCUUUCUUGGAUUAUAACUUGAACUUGGUUUGCAACUGAAUUCAUUCUGUGUCUGUGGAAAGCACAUGUGCGUUGCUUUCUUGCUCUGUAUUAGCCAAAUGUCACUCAGUGUGAAGGUGAGCUUGCUAGAUGGUUUAUUUAAAGUUAGUGGUGCGAUUAUUGUAUGUGCUUGUUAAUAAACUAUAUUUUUGGAUAGAA